CAAAAAUAUGAAAGAAACAUAAUCACUUUUUCAGAAAAACCAUAAUUUAGUCCUCUCGGUUUAGCACUUUACAGUAUUCUCAUAAAAAAAGGAAAAAAAAAAAAAUUUUCUCUAGAAUCUCAACAAAUCUCCUUCUUUAAACCCACCCCAUCCCACCCCACCGCGAUUCAGGGAAUGUACAUACAGUAUAUACGUGUAGUUGUGUAUACAUACAUAUACACUAGCCCUAUUGAAAGCUGCAUUUCAGAGACUGCAAAGCAAAUGCCCACCUGUUAGAGAGAGAAAGAGAGAGACCCAAUGACGUUCACGGAGAGCGGGGGAGAGAGAAUGGUGUGAAAGUAAAUUGAGCAGAGCAGCUAAGUGGUUUUGUCAAUCACAGCUGCUGAUCAAGAUUCUUUUUACCAAUUGCUAGUUUUUUUUUGCUGUUUUGAUUUUGUUUGAUUUGCUAGCUUUGAAACUAUUGAAGUGAGAAGUUAUACUUGCUGCUAUUGUCUAGCUUGUGAUUAAUUCAGCAGGUGCAGGAAUUAAAGCCUCUCUCUAGUUGAGUUAUACAAGUUCUUAUACUGGCCUGGAUCCAUUAUUUUCAUUGGUGGUACAAAGACCGGGAUUUCGCUAGGCCAAAACCACUUGUGCUUUUGUUCAUUGCUGGAGUCAUGGCAUCUUUGCUUCACUCUGAAUCGAGGCGGUUGUAUUCUUGGUGGUGGGAUAGCCACGUCCCAAAGAACUCGAAAUGGCUUCAUGAAAACCUCACCGAUAUGGAUGCUAAAGUAAAGGCAAUGAUCAAGCUGAUUGAAGAAGAUGCGGAUUCGUUUGCACGGAGAGCUGAAAUGUAUUAUAAAAAACGACCGGAGCUGAUGAAAUUGGUUGAGGAGUUCUAUCGAGCAUACCGCGCAUUAGCUGAAAGAUAUGAUCAUGUAACAGGUGAGCUCCGGCAUGCACACAAAGCGAUGGCGGAGGCUUUCCCCAACCAUAUCCCUUUUCUUCUGGCUGAAGAUUCACCUUCAAAAGGUUCAACACUCGAGGCAGAACCACACACUCCGGAAAUGCUGCAACAGAUCCGUGCAAUGCCCGAAGCAGAUGACUUUCAUAAGAAUUCCUCGUCCUGGAUACAUGCUUUACAGAUGAUUGGUACAUAUCCUGGUGAAUCUGAUACUGGAUCCAGCGAGAGAGGUUUGAAACAGUUAAACGAGAUUAUCGGGGAAGGAGAAGAUACUUCAAAAAAUUCAAGAUUAAUGGAUGGAGGGCUAGUAAGAGGCCUCUCCGAUAUAGGAGAUAGAUUUCAUAAUGAAGUGUCGAAAAUCUCAAGUGAAAAUCUAAAUCUCAAGGCCAAGCUUCUCUCCGAGACUGAGCGUGCGGGGAAAGCAGAAACGGAAGUUCAGAGCUUGAAGGAAGCACUUGCUGAUAUGCAGGCAAAGAAGGAAUCUCUCCUCCUUCAGUAUCAGCAGUGCCUCGAAAAAUUAUCAGCUGCAGAGUCGGAGCUACUUCAGGCGCAGAAGGAUUCCAUGACGAUCAUUGAACAAGUGCAGGAAUUAAAGCCUCUCUCUAGUUGA